AUGGGCGACGGGUGCUUCCAGAAUGUCCACCCGGCCGACCAGGUUCCUGUUGCCUACGGCCGCUCCGGCUACAACAAGGACGGCGAGGACGAGGAGGACAAGUGCCGCAACUACGGCCGCUCCGGAUACAACAAGGACGGCGAGGAUGAGGAGGACAAGGGCCGCAGUGGCUACAACUAG